AGAGUGCUGUUUCAUCCACAAUGAAAAAGUCUUUUUUGUUAAGGGGAAAGUUUGAACAGACAGGAGUUCAGCUGGACCAUGGAAAGUUCUCUUGUUCCAUCUGUUUGGACUUACUGGAUGAUCCAGUGACUACUGCCUGUAGACACAGCUACUGCAUGAACUGUAUUAAAGACCACUGGAAUGGAGAGGCCCAGAAGGGAACUUACAGCUGUCCUCAAUGUAGAGAGACCUUUAUGCAGAGACCUGUAUUGAGGAAAAACACCCUAUUAGAAGAAUUAGUGGAGGACCUGAAGAAGAUUGGACUUCCAGUUGCUCCCGCUGAUCAAUGCUUUGCUGGACCUGAUGAUGUGGCCUGUGAUGUCUGCACUGGAAGGAAGAAGAAAGCUGUGAAGUCCUGUCUGGUUUGUUUGGUCUCCUACUGUACGAAUCACCUUCAACCUCAUCAUGAUGUCAAUCAGCUUAAGAAACACAAGCUUGUGGAGCCCUCCAAGAAGCUGCAGGAAAACAUCUGCUCUCGUCAUGAUGAGGUGAUGAAAAUCUUUUGUCGCCAUGAAACGAUCCCAACUGCAGCAGAAAGAAUUAAGAAGCAGAAGGACCUCGAGAUGAGUCAACUGCAGACCCAGCUGAGAAUCCAGGACAGAGAGAAAGAUGUGAAGUUGCUUCAACAGGAGGUGGAAGCCAUCAAUGCCUCUGCUGAGAAGACAGUGAAGGAGAGUGAAAAGAUCUUCACUGAGCUGACCGUUCUGAUCCAGAAGAGAAGUGUUGAUCUGAAAGAGCAGAUCAGAUCCCAGCAGAAAACAGAAGUGAGUCGAGUCAAAGAGCUUCAGGAGAAGCUGGAGAAGGAAAUCGCUGAGCUGAAGAAGAAGGAUGCUGAGCUGAAGCAGAUCGCUAAAAUGGAGGAUCACAACCAGUUUCUGCAGAGCUACAUCUCCCUGUCAGCGCGCAAUGAGUCCACACACCCACCCAGCAUUAACGUUCAUCCAGUGAGCUACCUACAGGAUAUCACAGCCGCUGUGUCGCAACUCAGGGACAAACUACAGCACAUCCUGAGUGACACAUGGACAAACUUCUCACUGACACUCAAUGAGGUGGAUGUUUUACUGUCAGAACCUGAACCAAAGACCAGAGCUGACUUCCUAAGAUAUUCACAAGAAAUCACUCUGGAUCCAAACACAGCAAACAGUUAUUUGUUAUUAUCUAAAGAAAAUAGAAAGGCAACUUUAAUGAAAGAAGAACAAUUUUAUUACGAUCAUCCUGAGAGAUUCAUUGAUAAUCUUCAGGUCUUGAGCAGAGAGAGUCUGACUGGUCGUUGUUACUGGGAGGUUGAGUGGAGAGGAGAAACAGUCGAAACAGCUUUUUCAUACAGGACUAUCAGCAGAGCAGGAGAUGAAAGUGACUUUCGAUACAACGACAAAUCUUGGUCUUUAGUUUGUGACAAACACAUUUACACAUUGUAUCACAACAGAGUAAAAACUCAAGUGUCUGGUCCAGUUUCCUGCAGAGUAGGAGUCUACCUGGAUCACCGAGCAGGUAUUCUGGCUUUCUACAGCAUCUCUAGUACCAUGACUCUCCUCCACAGAGUCCAGACCAGAUUCACUCAGCCGCUACAUGCUGGAGUUGGGUUAUACGAGGAUGGAGACUCAGUGGAGUUCAUUACAAGACAAACAUGAGUGAAUUCAGUUCCAGAUAUUUAGAAUGUGUACUUUUUUUUUUGUUUAGAUUAUAUCGCUAUCCAUUAUUAUUACUGAGAGCUCAUUGUUAGAUUAUUUCUUCACUAGUCAGAGGCCAUGAAGCUUCUUUGUCAUCUUGAUGUUUGUUGAUGUUGGUUUGGUUGUAAAGGAUAUUACUAACAUUGGUUCAUAAGUGUUUAUUAUUCUCUUGCAGCAAUGACGCGUUAUAUCUAAGGCGUUAAACAACAAGGUGUCUUGCUGGUGAAGAUUGCCAGUCAUCCAUGUCAUAGUCAUUCCAAAAAAGUUAACAAACAAUCCACUUCCGCUUCCUAUCCAAAAAAGCUUUUUCACUUUAAAAUGUCAGAAUUACUGUUGAGUCGGAAGCUUUAUAUUGUAGCCCAAAAACUUGUUUUGGCUUAGAAAACAUGCAAACUGAACCAAAUGAACAGGUCCGCUCCUUAGGAAUAGGCAUUCAUUUCAAACUCUAUAAAGCCUUAAUUCAACGCUAUUUCUGACAUUUUGAAUUGAAAAAGCUUCCUGGAUGGGAAGCAAAACAUCUUCAAACUUGGAAACAAAGUCCAAUGGAUUUUUUUUGUUGUACUUUUUUCAAACAAGGUGUCUUAAAAUUAAUUGCACAGAUGCAGUCCAAAACUGCAAACUAUUGUUUUGAGAAACUGUACUUCAUGGUAAAAAUGUGGUAAAUUAUUACAUUGUUAAGGCCCAAUUCUAAGCUUCUAAGCACAUUUAUGAGAGGACACGGUUACUGCUGCAGUUUUGUUGUGUACAUGUAUAUUUAGUAGUAUUUCAUGAAGUAUAUGGGUUACUAUAAAGUGUAACAGUUAUUUUUUCAGCCACCAGAUGGUGCUCAUGUUCUUUGGUAAAUGAAUUAUUGCUAGUAAUGCAAACCUUAACAAUAUUCAAUGUUAUGCUACGUAAAAACACAAAUAAUUGCAAUAUGAUCUAUUUUAUUUAACGGUACUGGAAAGGCAUAGGUCAGAUAAAUAUAAUAAAAUGCCUGGUAAAUGCAUUCUAGGUAGAGACUGUCAAAGAUAAAAAAAAGAGUGCAAUAAUUGAAUGUAAUAAAUUAAAAUGAAAAGUUGUAUAAAUGAGG